GCUUAAAUUUAUGAACAAGGGGCUUCAAAGCAACUUAAAACUAGUCGCUCUUCCAACCACAGCUUGCCUUCCUUUCUUUGGAGUAAGCUUCCUGAUACUGGUAGUUGCUUAUAAGCUCUUCCAUCAAGCUCUCCUUCCCAUACAAGAACCUCUCUCUUUCUCUGUUCCUUCUCUGAUUGCAUAGAUUUCUUCCCUCUAUACAGAAGCAACCCCUGUCCUAGGUCCCCUACCUAGUGCCUGCGAGACCUUCCUCCUCAGUCGCCUCUAGUCUCUUUCCUUUCACCUGCCAAAGACCGACUUGAAAUGAUGUGUUUAAGCUCUCGCCAGUCUCGUACUUUUGAGGAUAUUACUACUACUAUCGUCCUCACCACUACUUUCUUUCGCCAUAAGCUUUAAUUCAAAACUUUGCUUAAAUCCCAUUUCUCGUCAGUCCCUUUAUUUUUGGCCUAUUCUCCUGCCUCCUUGAAGUUUUGCCCCAUUGAUCAAAAACUCUCGGCUAUAACUAUUCUUUCAAAGUCAUAGUAACUCAUAGGAUAAAAUACUCCUGUAAGCUAUGGAGGGCUGUGGUGGAAAUAUUACCGGUACCAGUAGUGUUUUGCUGCAAAACGAAAGGCUGCCCUGUUCUUCUCAUGAAGCUCUUGAUUCUCUCUGGAUUUCUAACUCUUCUCCUCCUCCUUUUCAUGGUUCUACAUCCAUGGUUAAAUUCGGUGAUGCUCGAGGAGAAAACACAAGAGAGAAAACAUUCUUCGCACAGAGUGACAAAGGUUAUGAUGGCAGCGAGAGUUACGACAAUUGCUUUCACCAACCAGAAAAGAAAAGGCGACUGACGGCAGAGCAAGUUCAAUUUCUUGAAAGAAGUUUUGAGUUGGAAAACAAGCUCGAUCCUGAGAGAAAAGUCCAACUUGCUAAAGAUCUUAGCUUGCAGCCUAGGCAAGUUGCCAUUUGGUUCCAGAACCGAAGAGCCCGGUACAAGACUAAACAGCUGGAGAAAGAAUAUGAUUGUCUCAAAUCAAGUUAUGAUAAACUCAGAGCUGAUUAUGAUACCCUAUUCAAAGAGAACGAGAGUCUGAAAAAUGAGGUUCAUUCACUCGCUGAAAAGUUGGUCCAAAGAGAGAGAGGAAAGGCUAAAUCAGAGCCUUUGGAUUCCAGUACUAUCAGUCCAUUGAAUGCUGAACCCCAGAAGGCAAAUCCUAUUGCUCUUUCUCCUAACGUACCCGAAAUGCCAGUUAGUGUUAAGCAGGAAGAUGCAAGUUCAGCAAAAAGUGAUGUCUUUGACUCGGACAGCUCACAUUGCACUGAUGGAAACCAUUCUUCCUUGAUGGUCCCUGAUGAUUCCUCACAUGUUUUUGAACCAGAAUUGUCAGAUUUCUCUCAAGAUGAAGAUGAUAGCCUGAGCAGAAGCCUUCUUCAGCCAACAGGCUUUCCACCCAAACUUGAAUACGAAUGCUACAAUGAUCUGCAAUGCAAUUCAGGCAAUCUGGGAUUUUCGAUUGAAGAUCAAUCCACUUGGUUCUGGGCGUACUGACUUAUCUUGGAUGUCAUGUCCCGGUUCUAUAUCUUGCUGUAAAUAUAGAGGAGAUUUAGGAGUCAUAUCAGGCCCCGGAUACUGACAUUUUCAGCAUCUUGUGGUUGGCUUUUGUUUAGUUGGUGAAAAUCAUGAUAUUUGCUCAUUUCAGUUCAGCAUAAUAAAUUUUAGACCGACUUGAGAUAGUAGAAAAACCAUCAGCUUUUGUUA